CGGUAGGAGGCAGCCGUGUGGUUCCAGCUCAUUUUUUUUUCCUCUUUCUCCAGUCGGUUUUCUUUCCAAACAGGGAAAAGUGUUCCACGAAGCGGUAGCUCCUUGCCGCCUCGCCUUCUCCCUAACCCCUGGCCCGGCCCCUGUCCCGGCGCGAGCUGGUGGAGCCAGGGCUAGAAGCCCUCCGUGCCCCCGGAGCGCAGCGCGCAGGGGACCCGGGCGCGGGGCCAGCGCCCGCACAUGGCUGCAGCCCCCCGCGCGCACCCCGAGGCGCCGCGCCCUGCUCACAGAAGGUCCGUCGGCUGGGCUCGGUCGCCCUGCAGCCAGGCUGAGCUGAGCCGGGAAGUGCCCGUGUCCGGGGAUCGGGAUGUCCCUCUUCUUCCUCUGGCUAGUAUCCUAUUAUGUUGGAACGUUGGGAACUCACACUGAGAUCAAGAGAGUGGCAGAGGAAAAGGUUACCUUGCCCUGUCACCAUCAACUGGGGCUUCCAGAAAAAGACACCCUGGACAUUGAAUGGCUGCUCACGGAUAACGAAGGGAACCAAAAAGUGGUUAUUACAUAUUCCAGCCGUCAUGUCUACAAUAACUUGACUGAGGAGCAGAAGGGCCGAGUGGCCUUUGCUUCCAAUUUCCUGGCAGGAGAUGCCUCCCUGCAGAUCGAGCCUCUGAAACCCAGUGAUGAAGGCAGAUACACCUGCAAGGUGAAGAAUUCAGGACGCUAUGUCUGGAGCCAUGUCAUCUUAAAAGUGCUAGUGAGACCAUCCAAGCCCAAGUGUGAGCUGGAAGGAGAGCCGACCGAAGGAAGUGACCUGACGCUGCAAUGUGAGUCUGCCUCUGGAACUAAGCCUAUUGUAUAUUAUUGGCAGCGAGUCCGGGAGAAGGAGGGAGAGGAUGAACACCUGCCACCCAAAUCUAGAAUUGAUUACAAUAACCCUGGCCGAGUGCUGCUGCAGAAUCUCACCAUGGCCUCCUCUGGGCUCUACCAGUGCACAGCAGGCAACGAGGCUGGAAAGGAGAGCUGUGUGGUACGAGUGACUGUACAGUAUGUGCAGAGCAUUGGCAUGGUGGCAGGAGCAGUGACUGGCAUCGUGGCGGGAGCCCUGCUCAUUUUCCUCCUGAUAUGGCUGCUAAUACGAAGGAAAAGCAAAGACAGAUAUGAGGAAGAAGACAGACCUAAUGAAAUCCGAGAAGAUGCGGAAGCGCCCCGAGCCCGCCUUGUGAAGCCUAGCUCCUCUUCCUCAGGCUCCCGGAGCUCACGCUCUGGCUCCUCCUCCACCCGCUCCACCGGGAAUAGUGCCUCCAGAAGCCAGCGGACGCUGUCAAGUGAAGCAGCACCGCAGCCGGGGCUAGCCCCCCAGGCAUACAGCCUAAUAGGACCUGAAGUGAGAGGUUCUGAACCAAAGAAAGUCCACCAUCCGACCCUGACCAAAGCAGAAACCACACCCAGCACAAUGCCCAGCCAGAGCAAAGCCUUCCAAACUGUCUGACUUAGAGUGGACUUGACUUGCACUUUCCCAAAAGUCAGGAUCUUAGCCUAGUCACUGGAGCUCGUCCACCAGCCUUGCAAGCCCCUCAAGCCAGAUAAGAUCCCACUUAAGUAGCUGCAGAAAUGGCACGGACCAGUUCUGAUGAGUACCCUCCUUAUAUAGGAUACCAAGCAAACACAACUGGAGGCUGACCAUCUAUCUCUAAAGGCAACUCACUGUGCCUUCAGACUGAGUGGAGGGGGAGGAGGGGCCCAAGCUUAUUGGGUAAAACUAAGGGAAAGGUGAGGCUGCACACACCUGAAACAUCUUACCUAGGAUGUUGCAAGUCACCACAGUCAAGAAGAAUCGGGGAUCUCAUAGAUCAAUUUUCUAUUCAUUUCUGCAAAUUUAUUGGAUUAGUGUGAUUAUUCAGAUAGUCAAAACUGAAGCCCACGCCUUAUAAUAUACCUAUCUGCAACAUGUACUGGGACAACUGCGUUUAGGAAACUCACAUUAAAAAAAAAAAAAAAAAAAAGAAGGAAACACAUUUUUUUCUACUUUGACUUGACUUCUUUGUCAUAAGGUUUGAACGUUAAUUGGGGAGGAUUUGAAAUGGUGGGAGACAGAGAAAAGGGAUUUUCUCUUACCUCAUCAACAGCCAACCUUCCUAUUUCUAUGGAACCCUAAAAUAAUAACUAAGGAGGGAGUCCAACCAAGAUGGGAUAUGACUCUCUGAAGAGCUUUCCAUUUUGAUAUUCAGAGGAUUGCCAGCAGACAUCAAAACUAUUAUCCCGGGGGCAGUUGUGGCUCAUUACUCUAAUUUGACUGACUCCCCUAAAGACUUCUGUGCUGGAUGUUUCUAGAAGAAACAAAUACUCACUACAUGUCACUUAAUGAAUGUCCUUAGGGACAAUCCUCUAGAGAAAGUCUCUCAGGGAUGUUGAAAGAUCCCCUUGCAUACCACUUCCAGCUCCUCUUUCUGGGAACACGUGAAACCAGAAUUUCAAGACUGCUUGGAAUAGAGAGGGAGAGUAGACCUUUCUCUCAGUAGGUCAAAGGAUAUUUGGUACUGGCCCAAACUUUGGCGAUUCUCCCAUUUCUUUCAUUCUAGAAGGAUGUGAAUGUGGGACUUUUGAUGAUUCUAGGCCUUAAAUUUUCAGCGAUCAUUUCCUAAAAGGCACUGAAACCCCCCUGGCCCUCUCCCCGCUGAGAGGUUGAACACUAUCCUCAAUGUCUUUCUUCUCAGCGGUAGACUCCAAGAAACAUGUGGCCGUGGGCUGGAAGGAGUGAACUACCAUUAGGGAGCAGGUGGUGAGCAAAACAAGGGGGUGGUGGGUGGUGGGAGCGGAUUCAGCUCAUGGCUGUUAACUUUUUUGUUGUUGGCAUUUGGGAAGGAAUUAGCAGAAAGGAUUCACUACCAGCAAAAGUAUCAACACAACUCACACAUGGAGAAGAAAGGUGUCUGAGAAAUUUAAAAGAAAGAAAGAAAGAAAAAAGCAGCCUUUCCAGGACAAGUAACUUGCCUGUUAGAUGGUUCUGAAGAUUAGGGCACUUAAGGCGUAGCUGCUAAGCCUGAAUGAGCCCUUCGAGGAACAAAGCAAAGUCAGCAGGUCGUGGUGGGUGGAGCCGAGCAUUUCCUAUUGUUGACUGGGGCAAAGGCGAGGGGAAAGAGGAAGCCGCUGUGGCUGCAGAGGUGAAGUGUUCUCUGGAGCAGGACUCAGAUGCAGCCAGGGAAAAGGUCGGUGCUGACGACUGCCCCGUGUCUCUGGCUUCUUAUUCCUACGUUUAAUUGACAUAAGAGCAUCCUCACGGGAUGUACACACAUUUCCUUCUAAAGUGCCUAGGAAAUGAUGCUUGUGUUAAGUUGUCUGGGUUCGUCUGGGUGGGCUUUGUGCAUGCUAAAGUGACCGUCCUAACCUGAGUUUAUGUCUUCCUUUUUAAAGAGGUAGAAAUAAGAGACAUUGAGGAAACAACACAGGUGCCUGUCCAUUUUAGAGAACAGGCAUGUUUGAAUGCUUCUUAUACUAACUCUUAUCUCACUGUAAGUUGUUUGGUUUUUUUUUUUAAGCCCCUUAUUCUGACUACACUUUAUCCUUCUUGGAGGGUGGUAUCCAAGCAACAUGUCUCUUCUGAUAUAUAAUUCUGAGCGUUCUCAUUCCUGGAGUCCCUGAGCCAAACAAGCUUAUGAUGAAGGCUGCAGCUGUGCUGUCAGGAGCAAUUUUCUCACUGCGCUCUGCCUUUGAGCAUAGGAGUAUGCUUUGCAAGCAGGGACCAGUCCCCUUUGUCUGAAAAGGAAAUUCCAAUUCUUUAAAUGUGUUGUAGAAACCAGUACCACUGAAACUCUUCCCAACGGAGAACCAUAUUAAAAUAUGCCAAACAUUAUACUAGGAGCUGAGAAAUUCUGAGAGAUAAGGCACUGAAGUCUGUAGUAAUGACAGAGCCUCAGAAUCAGCCAUUCACAUUUAAAUAAGACAGAGAAUGGACUGAAGAUAGAGCCAGAGCCAUGACUGGCUCCAAACCUUAGUCCAUUGACUUUGCAAACCAAGCCAGCUGAGUCUUUCAUGUGAAACAAAUAGAAAAGGAAAAAAAAAACAAAAAACAAAAACUGAUGGGUAAAAACAAAAAAAAUUAAUAAUAAAUGUUUGUAAGAAAAUGCAGAUGGAGGAAUGUGUAUGUUUAAAGAAUAACCGUUUCAAUAAAAUAUAUAAGCCAAA